AGGUCGCGGGCCCGGACUGUCACUCAGGACACCGCCAUGGCCGCCCGGGCCCAGGGCUCCGCAGGCGUCUUGCUAGCCGCCCUGCUGGCGUCCGCGCUGUUGUCGCUGCUGGUGUCGCCGGCUCGGGGUCGCGGUGGCCGGGAUCACGGGAACUGGGACCCGGCUACCCAGCUGCUUCCGCCGCCGCCCGAGGAGAGCCCGGCGCGCGUGGCCCGUUUCGUGGCGCACCUCUGCGACUGGGGCUCGCUGGCCACCGUCUCCACGCUGGAGGAGGUGCGCGGCCGGCCCUUCGCAGACGUGCUGUCGCUGAGCGACGGGGCCCCCGGCGCGGGCCGCGGGGUGCCCUACUUCUACCUGAGUCCGCUGAUGCUCACCGCGCAAAACCUGCAGGAGAAUCCAAAUGCUACGCUGAUGCUGUCUCUGGCACAAACCAGCUUCUGCAGGAAGAAUGGAUAUGAUCCCCAGAGUCCUCUUUGUGUUCACAUAAUGCUGUCAGGAACUGUGACCAAGGUGAAUGAAACAGAAAUGGACUUUGCAAAGAAAUCAUUAUUCAUUCGACAUCCUAGUAUGAAAACCUGGCCUGCCAGCCAUAAUUGGUACUUCGCUAAGUUAAAUAUAACCAAUAUCUGGGUUCAGAACUACUUUGGUGGGCCAAAAAUAGUGACACCUGAGGAAUAUUUCAAUGUCACAAUUCAGUGAAGCAGAAUAUGGAAAGUUGAACCACGUAGGACAUUUCUUAUGAUGGCUCAUGCACAUUUCCAGGACUUGAUAUUUCUCUGGAAGCUUCCUAUAUUAACCAGUUUUCUGUGACAUGCUGAUUGGUUUGUUUGCUUGAAUUUCUUGGAAGAUGUACCUGCUGGAUUUUUUAAGACAGUAUUUUAAAGCCAUUUUCAUAGAAAAAUACCUGCUUCGUUAUAAGAAAUAAGUUUUAUUGCCUUAA